AUGGCGGCAUUGGUCGUCAUGUUCGUGAAGGAUUCGUUCAUGAUCGUCAUGAUUAAGAAUGGCCUGGGUUUACAAGCAGAGAACCUGCAGCCUUCAAAUUUCGAGAUGAUAGGAAAGGCACUUUUUGGAUCUAUGAUUGCCUACUGUUUUGGUAUCGGCUUGGUCAAAUUAUCCAUCCUGGUCAUGUACCAUCGUAUCUUCGACACCCGGAAUGUACGCAUCGUGGUCAAAAUUGUUGCGGCUGCCAAUCUUAUCUGGAUCAUUCUUUUCACUGGACUCGCAAUAUUCCAGUGUACGCCAGUUCAUCGUGCCUGGAACCCGAGUAUCCCAGGAAAGUGUCUGGACUCAAAAGAGCUCUUCGUCGGCAAUGCAGUUCCUAAUAUUGUGAUUGAUCUUUUCAUGGUCGCCAUUCCAAUAUAUCCCGUAUCAAAGCUUCGAUUACCGCUCUCGCAGCGCAUUGCGCUGGUCGGUCUUUUCAUGUUGGGCGGUGUUGUUUGUGUCGUCAGCAUCUACCGUGUGACAACUAUAUCAACACUUGAUCCUACAAACCUGGCAUACACCAUACGUGGUCCUGCAGUGCUUGGAAAUGUGGAGAUGGCGACAGCAGUUUUGUCUGCCAAUUUACCAACUUUGCGCCCGUUGUUUUCAUCAUUCAUCCAUACCGUCGGUCCCAGCAAGGGCAGCUCUACAUACCAUGCAAGUUCGAAGGCUAGAAGUCGCAGCUCGACACUAUUGUCUGAUUUGUCAAGAAAAUCGAAGAGCGAUGGAUUUACCGUCAUUAUUACUGAAAAUAGCCCGAGAUCAGCCCUAAAACCAUUACCCAAACUUCCAGGGGCCACGACAAACACUAGGGAUGAACUUGGCAUAGUUCCUUUGAAUGCAAUCCAUGUCAAACGUGAUGUGGAUAUCGAAAGUGUAAGCACAUGCCUAGGGCAGCCAUAUUUCGAUAGAUCAGGUGCAUGA